GGCUCAAGCGCGCGCCCCAGGGUUUUUCCAAGCGCCCCGCGUCCGAUCCGGGUCUCUCGCCGCCCCCCCCCCCCGACCAGAGACGCGAGCGCGGGGCCAGAGAGAUAUGGCCGCACGUCGCCUGGUGCUCGCCGCCGUGGCAUAUGCGCUCGGCACAGCUGCGCAGACAACCCCAGAGGUGACGCUGCCGAGCCCGGCGGACAUCGAGAAGCUCAUCUGCGAGGUCGCGUCGCAGAAGCAGGUCGAGGACAGGGCCGUUGCCGAGAUCUGCCAGGUGAUCACGGAGAAGUUCCCCAACAUCAAGUUCAACCCCGACUGCAAGACGGACGUCGAGGCCGUCUGGGACGCGGCGGUGGCCAAGUGCCCGCAGGCGCAGCUGACGCUGCCGAGCCCAGCGGACAUCGAGAAGCUCAUUUGCGAGGUCGCGUCGCAGAAGCAGGUCGAGGACAAGGCCGUUGACGAGAUCUGCCAGGUGAUCACGGAGAAGUUCCCCAACAUCAAGUUUAACCCCGACUGCAAGACGGACGUCGAGGCCGUCUGGGACGCGGCGGUGGCCAAGUGCCCGCAGGCGCAGCUGACGCUGCCCAGCCCGGCGGACAUCGAGAAGAUGAUCUGCGAGCUCGCGUCGCAGAAGCAGGUCGAGGACAAGGCCGUUGACGAGAUCUGCCAGGUGAUCACGGAGAAGUUCCCCAACAUCAAGUUCAACCCCGACUGCAAGACGACGUCGAGGCCGUCUGGGACGCGGCGGUGGCCAAGUGCCCGCAGGCGCAGCUGACGCUGCCGAGCCCGGCGGACAUCGAGAAGCUGCGAGCUCGCGUCGCAGAAGCAGGUCGAGGACAAGGCCGUUGACGAGAUCUGCCAGGUGAUCACGGAGAAGUUCCCCAACAUCAAGUUCAACCCCGACUGCAAGACGGACGUCGAGGCCGUCUGGGACGCGGCGGUGGCCAAGUGCCCGCAGGCGCAGCUGACGCUGCCGAGCCCGGCGGACAUCGAGAAGCUCAUCUGCGAGCUCGCGUCGCAGAAGCAGGUCGAGGACAAGGCCGUUGACGAGAUCUGCCAGGUGAUCACGGAGAAGUUCCCCAACAUCAAGUUCAACCCCGACUGCAAGACGGACGUCGAGGCCGUCUGGGACGCGGCGGUGGCCAAGUGCCCGCAGGCGCAGCUGACGCUGCCGAGCCCGGCGGACAUCGAGAAGCUCAUCUGCGGUCGCGUCGCAGAAGCAGGUCGAGGACAAGGCCGUUGACGAGAUCUGCCAGGUGAUCACGGAGAAGUUCCCCAACAUCAAGUUCAACCCCGACUGCAAGACAGACGUCGAGGCCGUCUGGGACGCGGCGGUGGCCAAGUGCCCGCAGGCGCAGCUGACGCUGCCGAGCCCGGCGGACAUCGAGAAGCUCAUCUGCGAGGUCGCGUCGCAGAAGCAGGUCGAGGACAAGGCCGUUGACGAGAUCUGCCAGGUGAUCACGGAGAAGUUCCCCAACAUCAAGUUCAACCCCGACUGCAAGACGGACGUCGAGGCCGUCUGGGACGCGGCGGUGGCCAAGUGCCCGCAGGCGCAGCUGACGCUGCCGAGCCCGGCGGACAUCGAGAAGAUCAUCUGCGAGGUCGCGUCGCAGAAGCAGGUCGAGGACAAGGCCGUUGACGAGAUCUGCCAGGUGAUCACGGAGAAGUUCCCCAACAUCAAGUUCAACCCCGACUGCAAGACAGACGUCGAGGCCGUCUGGGACGCGGCGGUGGCCAAGUGCCCGCAGGCGCAGCUGACGCUGCCGAGCCCGGCGGACAUCGAGAAGAUCAUCUGCGAGCUCGCGUCGCAGAAGCAGGUCGAGGACAAGGCCGUUGACGAGAUCUGCCAGGUGAUCACGGAGAAGUUCCCCAACAUCAAGUUCAACCCCGAUUGCAAGACGGACGUCGAGGCCGUCUGGGACGCGGCGGUGGCCAAGUGCCCGCAGGCGCAGCUGACGCUGCCGAGCCCAUCGGACAUCGAGAAGCUCAUCUGCGAGGUCGCGUCGCAGAAGCAGGUCGAGGACAAGGCCGUUGACGAGAUCUGCCAGGUGAUCACGGAGAAGUUCCCCAACAUCAAGUUCAACCCCGACUGCAAGACGACGUCGAGGCCGUCUGGGACGCGGCGGUGGCCAAGUACGACGUCGAGGCCGUCUGGGACGCGGCGGUGGCCAAGUGCCCGCAGGCGCAGCUGACGCUGCCGAGCCCGGCGGACAUCGAGAAGCUCAUCUGCGAAGCUCGCGUCGCAGAAGCAGGUCGAGGACAAGGCCGUUGACGAGAUCUGCCAGGUGAUCACGGAGAAGUUCCCCAACAUCAAGUUCAACCCCGACUGCAAGACAGACGUCGAGGCCGUCUGGGACGCGGCGGUGGCCAAGUGCCCGCAGGCGCAGCUGACGCUGCCGAGCCCGGCGGACAUCGAGAAGCUCAUCUGCGAGGUCGCGUCGCAGAAGCAGGUCGAGGACAAGGCCGUUGACGAGAUCUGCCAGGUGAUCACGGAGAAGUUCCCCAACAUCAAGUUCAACCCCGACUGCAAGACAGACGUCGAGGCCGUCUGGGACGCGGCGGUGGCCAAGUGCCCGCAGGCGCAGCUGACGCUGCCGAGCCCGGCGGACAUCGAGAAGAUGAUCUGCGAGCUCGCGUCGCAGAAGCAGGUUGAGGACAAGGCCGUUGACGAGAUCUGCCAGGUGAUCACGGAGAAGUUCCCCAACAUCAAGUUCAACCCCGACUGCAAGACGACGUCGAGGCCGUCUGGGACGCGGCGGUGGCCAAGUGCCCGCUGGCGCAGCUGACGCUGCCGAGCCCGGCGGACAUCGAGAAGAUGAUCUGCGAGCUCGCGUCGCAGAAGCAGGUCGAGGAUAAGGCCGUUGACGAGAGCUGCCAGGUGAUCACGGAGAAGUUCCCCAAUAUCAAGUUCAACCCCGACUGCAAGACGGACGUCGAGGCCGUCUGGGACGCGGCGGUGGCCAAGUGCCCGCAGGCUCAGCUGACGCUGCCGAGCCCGGCGGACAUCGAGAAGAUGAUUUGCGAGCUCGCGUCGCAGAAGCAGGUCGAGGACAAGGCCGUUGACGAGAUCUGCCAGGUGAUCACGGAGAAGUUCCCCAACAUCAAGUUCAACCCCGACUGCAAGACGGACGUCGAGGCCGUCUGGGACGCGGCGGUGGCCAAGUGCCCGCAGGCGCAGUUCACCGUCGUGGUGUGAGGAACAGGGGAGGGGGAGUUCGACCCCAUCUGACUGAAAUAGUUUGCGUGGGCUAGCCAGUCCUGGUGUGAGGACACCAGGCUGUUCCCUUCGUGUUUAUCGAAGACGCCUUUGGCGAACCACCUCCGACCAUACCUCCUUUCGAACGCCUAUGACGGAGGGCGCAAAGGACUUGAGGACACUCCAAUUCAACUCAUGCCUCGCGGCAUGGUGGCGGGUAUCAAAUGUUGCGCGCCGAGAGUCCUC